AUGCAGGUCUCUCUUCACAAUACGGUGAAGACGUACAACCUUACGGCUGGCAAGUCGCUGCCGGAGUGGCUCAGCGAGCGCCGCAAGAACAAGCGGGCGUCGGCGGGGCAGGAGAACCGCGUGGAGCUGCUGCACGAUCUCGAGUUCCCGCACUGCGCUCGCUGCAUCUUUCGGUGCGCCAAUGGAACGCAUCUUUUCGCCGCCGGCGACUACCCGUACCGCCUCAAGUGUUUUGACGUGAAUGACCUUAGCAUGAAAUUCAGUUUCAACGCAGACAUGAACAUCCUCUCCGGGGUGUGUCUCUCACCCGACUACCGCAAGUUUGCGCUGCGUGGGGAGGGGCGGCAGAUCACCAUUCACCACACCUCCGCGAUCGUAGACCGGGUCCGUGUUCCACAUCUUCAGCGCUCCCUCGUGUACAACCAGUUCCAGGCGGAGCUCUUGUCUAGUGGUGUCUCUCCGGAGGUCUACCGCAUUAGUCUUGAAACCGGCGGGUUUGUAGAGGGCUAUCAGACGAAAAGCGCUAGUGGCGUGAACCAUGUGGAGGUGUUCGGGCGGCACGGCCCAGUGAGUGGUGUAGUGCUGACAGCCGGCUGCGACGGCGCAAUCGAAGCUUGGGAUAGUCGUGUCGGCACAGCGGUGGCUCGUGUGCAGGUGGCUGGCAGCGGCAGCAGCUCUGGCGUCGAUGAGCAGUGCGAGGUUCGGCACAUCGCCACAGAGGAAAGUGGCGGGCUCCUCUUCACCUGUGGCCUUGAGAGCGGCGAGGUACUGCUGUACGAUGUCCGUCUGCAGAAACCGCUGCUUGUGAAGGAUCACAUGAAUAGUCUGCCCAUUGUAAAGACAUACUUCUUCAAUGGCAAGAGCACCGCUACUGGUGAGGCCAGCUUCGUCCUCUCAGCUGACACACGCUCACUGAAGGUGUGGAACAAGCACGACGGUAGCAACUUCACAACCAUCGACGCCCCAGCUGACAUUACUGACUUUACCCUUUUUAAGGGUCAGCACAACAUGGUGGCUCCGUACGAGUGCGACGACAGUGGUGUGGUCGCCAUCUGCUGCGACGUGCCACGGGUGCAGGUGCACUUCAUCCCUCAACUCGGCCGAGCCCCGCGCUGGGCCUCCUUCCUGGAGGUGAUGACGGAAGAGCUGGAGGAGAAGGAGGCAACGACGGUGUACGACGACUUUACGUUCAUCUCCAAGGACGAGAUGAACGCGCUGGGCAUCGCCGCCGAGGACCUCGCGGGUGGCAAGGUGCGUCCUGUCAUGCACGGCGCCUUCAUUGAAAAUGGACUGUACCGUGAGCUGCGCGCCGUAGUAGACCCAACCGCCUUCAAUAACUACGUUGCCUCGAAGGCGAAGGAGCGACAGUUAAAGCGGUGGUCUGACCGCAUUAGCCGCUUUCACCGAACCAAGGAGGUCGACGAGGAUGCUGAGGACGUGAAGGUUGGCGGUGACACCGCAGCGCGAGCAAAGGCCAACUCGGCGCUGGCGACGGCGAAGGCGGAUCCGCGAUUUGCGCACGCUUUUGGCCACGCAACGGGCGGCGCUGCCUCCUCCUUCGCGCUUGACCGGCGAAAUCCCGAGUAUGCGAAGUUGCUUCAGACGAUCGAUGAGAGGCGCGCCAAAGCCUCCGCUCGUCGGGAGCGUUACGAGGCGGAAAUGUUCUCCGUCGUCCCCGACUUUGACGGGGAGAACUGCGCUGCGGAGUAUGAGGACGGUAGCGAUCGCGCUGUGCGUGGAGCUGGCCAGCGACAAGCCAGCAGGAACAGCGUCUCGGCUGCCGCCGUUGCAGAAGUGGAUGAAGACGAGGACGCACGCUGCCACCUGCGUGGAGUGCAGAGCAGUGGCCGAGCGAAGCGCCGCACCCCACAGAAGCAGCAGGCAGCCAUUAAUGCGAAGAUGUCGGAGCGGGGCUCUGCGAAACCCACGAAGGCCGUCACCGCUUCUGCUGGGAGGCGGGUGACGAUGUUUGAGGUUCCGAGCAAAAACGCCGACAUUUUCCUUCGUAACAAUAAGCAAAUGCACGCCACUCGCAAGAAGUCCCGCGCCGAGAAGCUGACGCUUGGCGAGCGCCUAAAGCUCGCCGCCUCAGCGAGGUAG